ACUACAAGUACUGAGUUGGAAAGCUGUUCGGCUGCAGAUCCGAAGGACAUCUUCUGCUUUUUCUUUUCUUCUUCUUUUUCUUUUUUUGCCAAACGCCAGUUCCUUUUUGAUUAUGCCCUCCUUUUUCUUUGCACUUUGCUUCGUGAUGCUGUACUGUAGUUUGGUGAUCGAGUGCUUACCCAACCCUUCUCCGCUGCUGAACCCGACAUGGGGGGACCCUCGCAAACUGGUGCACCUGUACACGUCCUCUGACAGAAGAAGCUUUCACUUGGCGAUCAGUUUAGAUGGGCAGGUGGAUGGGACUCCCGAACAGACUGCUUACAGUGCCAUGCUGAUCAAAUCUGAAGAACGAGGUCUCGUGGCGAUCUUAGGAGUGAAGAGCGAGCGGUACCUCUGCAUGGAUGUCAAAGGAAAUCUUUUUAGCUCGAGUCAUUGCACCAAGGAUUGCUUGUUUUAUCAGGAGCGUUUAGAGAAUGGAUAUGAUGUGUAUCGUUCCUCAGAAUACAAUCUGGUGGUUAAUCUUGGUGGAAGCAAGCAUGUCUACAUCACAGGCCAUAACCUUCCUCCGUAUUCCCAGUUCUUGUCACGACAGAAUACUGUGGAGCUGGAACACUUUUUCCACAGACAGAGUCGAAAUGUCCAUACGGAUCCUUCUGACCCAUUUGGAAUGUUUAGCUCCUUCAAUUUUCAACACGGAGCUCGGAGGUUUGAGACAAAGAAAAUAGCACACUCAAGCCAGGCCCAUUCAGUGUCCAGAGAGCGCAUGAAAACCACUUACCAUGAUCUGGUGGACCCUGAUGACCCUUUGAGAUUACUAGAUCAUAAGGCCAUCAUCAGCCCACGCUUCUUUAGGAGUUAACAGCGAUUAUAAAGGGAAAAUUUCACUUUGUGUCAUUGGAGCAUAACAAAGGUCUGUCAGCUAAGGAGAUUUAGUGACAUUCAUUCAAAUGUGAGUGCCUAAUUUCUCAUGUCCAAAAAGCUCAGAUUAGUUUGAGGCAUUAAACUAUAUUUUGUUAAUUAAGAAAGUUCAGUUUUAGGGUAACUUAGGUUAUAAAACAUAAAAGAAUUAAAGUGUUUCAGCAUUGUCCUCGACACUGAAUACUAUUGAAGGAGUCUUUGUAGCUGGCUUUAAAGGCUCUACAUAACUAUGCUAAUAAUAAUGCACAUGGCUUAAUCAAUCUGUUUAUAACUCAAAAAUUGCAAGUCUUAUCUAUUGCUCUUACUUCAUAUGAUGUAAUAAUUUAUGCAAAAAUUAUAUUCUGCAUCAUAACAUAAUUAAAACAAUAUGCAAGAAAGGAAUUUCUAUUUUUUAUCUAUCUUCUGCCAAAGAGAACUGUUCUUGACAAAAGAUAGGCUAAUAAUUGUAGCCAUGUUCAAAAUAUGAGUUCAUCGGUUGUUUUAAAAUAGAAGGUUAUGCUCACAUAGUGAAAUGGAGAGAAAACAAUACAAAUUGUCUCUUGUUAAAUGUCAUAUGCCCCCAACUCCCCAAUCAGAGGUCAACAGACUAUGAUCUAAAGAAAUCUUUUUUUUGUGGACAGCAUAUUAUGCCCUUUAAAAGUCAAUUGGUAUUCCUGCUGGAUUACGUGAUCAGUCUUCUGAAGCUUAAGAAACCAAAGAAAGACAGAAAGACUUCUUAUAGACUGGUGUUGGGUACUACCAACACAUCCAAUUUAGAUAUUUAUUUAUUUAUUGAAAUGUCAAUAUAUAUUCCUAAUAUUUAUGUUAA